AUGGCGUCUUAUCUGCCAGAUACAACUGAAGACAAUCUGGCUAAGGCAAAGGGGAAAACUCUGAGAGUGCCAUCUAGCGGGAGGUGGUCCUGCCCCUUCCGCAGCUACUCCUCAGCUGGCUUCCGCCAGGGGCCUGAGUCCCGGAAGCAGGAAGUGCUACACCUGAGGACAGGCAUGGGCCCAGCGGGCCUCAUGGUUCUGCUGCUGCUUUUGCUGGGGGCUUACCAGGGCUCUCUAACCAAACAGAAAAAGCUGCAGUCAGUAUGUGGACGGCCUGUCUACUCUGGACGCAUUGUGGGCGGUCAAAGUGCUGCUCUGGGGCACUGGCCCUGGCAGGUCAGCCUGCGGUUUGACAGCACCCACAUCUGUGGAGGUUCUCUCAUCAGUAACCACUGGGUAAUGACGGCAGCACACUGCAUAAAAAAGACCUGGUUCAGCUUUCUCUACAGUGUGUGGCUUGGAUCCAUCGACAGGGAUUACUCAAGCACAGGCGAGGAAUAUUACGUGUCCAGAAUCGUCAUCCCUAGCAAACAGCACAAUACAGACGGCGAUAUCGCCCUGCUGAAGCUGUCUUCCCGGGUCACCUUCACGUCGCUCGUUCUGCCCAUCUGUUUGCCCAAUAUCUCAAAGCCGCUGACAGUUCCAGCUUCUUGCUGGGUGACUGGAUGGGGGCAAAAUCAGGAAGGUUAUUACCCCUCUAUCCUCCAAGAACUUGAAGUGCCCAUCAUUACCGGUGAGGCAUGUGAACAACUCUACAACCCAAUUGGCUUCUUCCUCCCGGAUCUGGAGCGGAUCAUCAAGGAAGAUAUGCUCUGUGCUGGUGAGAUACAGGAGAGCAAAGAUAGCUGCAAGGGCGAUUCUGGAGGGCCUCUGUCAUGCCACAUUGAUGGUGUCUGGACACAGAUAGGUGUGAUAAGCUGGGGUUUGGAAUGUGGUAAGAAUCUUCCUGGAGUCUACACCAACGUGACCUACUACCAAAAGUGGAUCAGUUCCAUUAUCUCAAGAGCUGCGGACUGGGGUGGUGACUGCACUCAUAUGGCUCUUGGUCCUUCUUGUUCCCUCCUGUAUUACUUUCUCUGGCUCUCCUGGGACCCUCCUGAGCCUUUGGCCCUAGCAUAA